GCCAACUCGAGCUCCAACUUGCCUGCACGCGCCCCGAUGCCUCCCGCACCGGGCCUCACCUUCAAGGGCCCCGCCCACCCCAAACGCACGAGCAAGCCCGUCGUCCUGCUCGACCCCGUCGUCCCGCGAGGUGCGACCAAGAAGCGCCGCCCCAGCUCCAGCCGCGACGACUCGCCCCGACGCUCGCCCGACAAGGCGGCUCGACGCGCGACCGCCCGCGAGGACGGCGGCGACGAGGACGAGGCGUCGGCCAAGGAGAAGCACAAGGGCAAGACCGCCGAGGCCAAGGGCGACAACAAGGCGCCGACCAAGCGGGUCAAGGCGGCUCCAGUCGAGCAGGACGACAACGACGACAGCGGGCCGCACGUCCCGCAGGAGGAGCGCGUCUCGCGCGACACGGUCGCCAAGCGGUGGCACCUCGUCUCGACCUCGACCCGCGCCGAGCUGCUCGAGCGCGCCCGAUCUGCCACAGAGGACGUCCUCGAGGAGGUGUUUGCCGACCAGGCGGGGCACAAGUCGGCGCACGUGGCGCGCAAGGCUCUCAAGGCGUUCACCAACGAGUUCGACGCCGCCCUCGCCAGCAGCGCCGUCCCGCCGCUGCCGAGCAAUGUGCCGCAAACUCUCAAGGGCAAGGGCAAGGACAAGGGCGACACGGUCGACCUCUGCAAGAAAUCCAUGCAGGACAAGCUCGAUGCAGCAGAAGGCGACGCCGACGACCUCGACCUCGAGAUCGAGAAGGAGCGUAGGCUCCUCAAGCGCGACAAGGCGCGCCUCGCUCACUCGAGCUAGACGGCCCCGCCUCGUCCUCUUUGUCCGACUGCCUCGCCGUGCCCGCCGACCAGCUCCCGACAGCCCCGGGCGCCGGCAGCGACUCGCAGGUCGUCGUCGACAUCGACUUCCGACACCCUGCGGCGGCGCCGCCGACCGCUCGCCCCUACCCUGCCCAAGCCGCCUCGUCGUCGUCCUUUCCCCCUCCCUCCCGCCCGCCCGCCGCUCCUCC